AUGCCGCAAUCGACGUCGAGCCGAUUGGAGAGCAACGCAAUUAUAGCUCGACUGACAGUACAAGAUCCGGCGACGUCAACCGCUUUUCUUAUUGACACCGGAGCGGAUCUGUCUGUACUACCCAAAAAAUUCGGUACCAAACGAGGUAAGUCAGUUGCUUUAUCUUUACCCAGCUUAUUUGCUGCUAAUGGCACGCCGAUACGCGCAUACGGCACCAAACGUUUGUCGUUAUCCCUUGGUUUAAGGCGCGAUUUCCCAUGGACGUUUGUGGUGGCGGAUGUAAAUUUUCCCAUAGUCGGCGCAGAUUUCUUGAGGCAUUAUGAUUUACUGGUUGACAUGAAACGGAAGCAGCUAGUAGACAGCAAGACGUUUGUAGCAGCGAGAGGCGCGGCAGCAGUUGGGCAGGUGAACGGCAUCCGAGCCAACAUUAGUGCAGGUGACUACAGUUCUUUGCUGAAUGAAUACCGUGAUCUAGCCACAUUGCGUGAUAACUCCCGCACGUGCGACACGCAAGUUGAACAUUUCAUCGAGACCACUGGUGCUCCAGUUUUUGCCCGUCCACGACGUUUGUCUGGAACAAAAUUGGAGGAAGCAAAGAAGGAGUUUGAAUUUUUGUUGCGAAAAGGCAUUUGUCAGCCGUCAAAGAGUCCUUGGGCGAGCCCAUUGCAUAUGGUUAAGAAGAGUGAUGGCUCGUGGCGACCAUGUGGUGACUAUC